CGUCCCAUAAAAAAAUCUGUUUUUUUUUUUUUUUAAAUCAAUGAAAUAACUCCCAAUAAUUCCAUAAAGGCUUUCAUAGUUGUUAACGAUUCUCUAUAACAUAAGUGAAGUUUCUAGAGAAUCAUUCAAGAGCAUUUCAUCUAUUACAGAUAUAUUCUUCCAUAAGUUGCAAAAACAUGGAUGUGCAGUAUUCGUCCUACAUAUAGUUAAUUGCAUUGGAGAAUAUAAUUAAGACUGCAGGAUCAUAUAUUUCAAUAGGCCUUCAGGAAAACCUUCUCUGAUGCAGCUUAAUCUUAGUUAUGGAGUUGAAAAGAAACUCACUGCUGAAGAAAUCGAGCAUGAAUUUUGGCCAUUGGAUGAAAUAGAUCCAAAGAAAGCAAAGUUUCCUUGUUGCAUUGUUUGGACACCUCUACCAGUAGUAUCAUGGUUGGUACCUUUCAUCGGACAUGUUGGCAUAUGUCGGGAGGACGGCACUGUUAUAGAUUUUUCAGGAUCCAACCUUGUUAAUUGUGAUAAUUUUGCAUAUGGUUCUGUUGCCAGAUACCUUCAACUGGACCGAAAGCAGUGCUGCUUUCCUUCAAACCUUAGUGGACAUACAUGCAAGCAUCGCUACAAGCAUGCUGAUUUCGGCUCUGCAAUCACCUGGGAUGAUGCCAUUCGAUCAACUAUACAUCACUUUGAGCCCAAGUCUUUCAAUCUUUUCACAUGCAACUGCCACUCUUUCAUUGCGAAUUGUCUGAACCAGCUUUGCUAUGGCGGAUCAAUGACUUGGAACAUGAUUGAUGUUUCUUCUCUUAUACUAUCUAAGGGGACAUGGGUUGAUGGCUUGUCUGUCUUAAGAUCAUUUUUGCCUUUCAUGGUGGUUCUAUGCUUGGGUGUCUUUAUGGUUGGAUGGCCAUUUCUAAUUGGAUUAUUUUCCUUUUCUCUUCUGCUUAUUGGAUGGUAUUUGUUGGGAACUUACUGUUUUAAAAACCUGUUAGACUGUUAGAUCCUUUUGCUCUUGUAUGUCAGAGCAAUGAGACUGACUAGAAGAAUGAAGUUCUUUUAGGAAUACAGGAUUAGAUUUACAUCUAUGAAGUUUUCAAAUAGAUAUGUGAUAUGUAAAGUUUUUUUCCCCAUUUGCGUUCGAACUUUCUUUUUGGUUAAUAAGGGAGUGUACGGUAGAAAUA